AUGGAAGGAUUGAUACCACUUCUGAUGCAUGCCGUGAAGAAGCACAGUCUUCACAACAGCUAUCGAGUCCUCUCCCUCUCCACUGGUUCCACUGGUUCAUCCCACCGCAUGACAAGGUUGGAGUUUCAGCCACCCACGGCGGAGUACAUGACUCAUAGAUCAGGGUUUGGUGCUGGUUCCCAAUCAAUGAGCUUCAAUAAAGGUUCCACCAGUUCAAUCCCAAAUACAUAUCAUGCUUCAAAGCUCAAGAUUUUGGGACCAAUUUCUAACUCCAUUUCUUCAACAAAGGUGUGGUUAAAACUUUUGGGACAAAUUUCUAACUCCAAUUCUUCAACAAAGCAACAUCAUGUCUAUUGA